AUUUUAGAACGUUGGUGUUCAUACCGAAAGAUGCUUUACUGCGAUACCUCGCGGUCUACAUGGAGGUUUUGCGCGAUGCCUGCGGAGAAACAAAAUAGUUUGUUUUUCCUUGCGGUCUACAUCGAUGUAGCGAUGUGGACUCGGCUCUGAUUGGUUGAAUUAGCUUACGCCACCUCAAGCGGUAGCGUAUACACGCGUUACUUCGGUGUAGUGUUUUGGCGUGUUUACUAUUUGUACUUUGCUUAAGAAAUGGAUGUUAAAAAGCACAAUUUAAUUGAAUUAGUUUUUAAUGUUCCUCCGUUGUGGGAUAAGCGGCACAAGCAACACCAUAAUAGGUAUACUCUGGCCAAGGAAUGGAAGAAGAUUGGAGCUGAACUCGAGAUGACCGUUACGGAGGUAAAAUCUCGGUGGAAAAACCUUAGACAGGAGUUCGGUAAACAAUUUAAAAAGUACCAGGGAAGGUCUGGUGAUGGAGCACCGGAGGAAGCUGCAAGUCAAUGGCCGUUCUUCCAAAAAUUACAAUUUUUAAAAGAUCAAUUUACCCCCCGGAAUUCAUCGGGAAAUUUAACACGGCCUGAAAAUACUGAAGAAACUGAAAAUACUCAAAAUACUGAAAAUACUGAAGAGGUCAGUGACAGUGACGAUGUCGAUGAGGAGCGAGAUAUCCGUCAGGAGAGUGUGGAUAGUGUAUUCAGUUCACACGGUCUGGAGUCUACUUCUGAUCGACAGCCCUUUCUUCAAACGCCGACAUCUUUAUCCAGUGAGCCUCAGUCAGUCUCAAGAACUGGAUACAGAAAACGAUUAACAGCACAAGCUAUAAUUGGAAAAGAAUUGCUGUCUCUAGAAACACAGAAACUAGAGUUGGCAAAAAAAAGAAAAAUUCAAAACGUUAAUGACGAAGAUAUUGGUUUUUUUAAUUCACUAUUACCAACUGUGAAAAAACUGACUGAUAAAGAUAAAUUCAUUUUUCGAAUGAAGGUGCAGAAGACACUCUUCGAACUUGCAUUUCCAGAAACGGAAAAUCCAAAAGUGUCAAAUGCAAAACCUUCUACUACCGUACAAACGUCUACUUCGCGGCAUAAUCAAAUUACUCAGGAAGAAACAAUAAUUCAACAGGAAUCUGAUCAACAGAUUAUACAAUAUUGGAACUUUAAUCCUUUUUUAAUUAUUUUGUAA